AUGCUUUCAGACAAAGUUACAUAAUGUUUCUUCCAUCAUGGGCGGUUGAGCAACCCCACAUAAGUCCCAUCUUUCUGGGGCCAUAGGCGAUUCCAAAGUCUUGACCACUGAGCGCACAUCACUCCAGACACAGUAAACUAAAUAAAAGCACACUGCAGGGCAACAGUUGGACAGCUUUUAAUGCUUUCCCCUCAUGCUGCUCUGGCUCCGAAUAUUCCCCCCUCGUAGCGUCUCUUCAUAUCCCUCCCACCAAACUCCCUCCCCCUCUGCUUCCUCCUCUUGUACUCUCUCUCCUCCUGUCUCUCGCCCAUGCUCUCCGUGCCUCUUUACUGAGCACGAGGCAUACAGAUGUAAGUUUAAUCCAGGCAACAGUCAAAGCUGGGAAAUGCAUCUUGGCCGUUUUUCCAACACGCAUCAGAAUAUGCAUCAGCCAGCGCAGCUGUCGGUGCGGGCUUAAGAGCUGGAAACCUGCUGGAGCUGUGUGGCACGUUUGACUCGCCCCAUCUCUUUGUGUGGAUGUAUUUGUUGUCGCUCUUAAAGCUUGGCUUGAAGAAGUGUCACCUUCUACACUGAGCUCAGUUUUUAAAUGAAACUGAAACUAUCUGAAGAGAUACGGGCAGCAGGAGGACACGAAUGAAUCGAGGAAAAACUUGAACGUUUACUGGAUUUUUUGUAAUCUUUUGCAUUUAUUUUGACUUUUGUUGCAUGUUUAUCUCAAACCAGAUGAUAAAGAGAAGCUAUGAUGUAGUUUCUGGGUUUGGACUCUCCUAGACAGGAUUUUCGCCUGAUCAAGGAUCUGUCCAUCUUUACAAAUAAUCUCAUCUACCCCUUAUUCCCCGUGUGAUGGACACUCUAUAGUUAUGUUACUGAAGAAGGAUUCGAUUUAGAGAGAUAGAAUCUUUCAUACUGGACUAUCGAGGGAGUUUUUUUCUUCUUUUCUCCUCUAUUUGAUCCAUCCAUCAGAGAAUUUAAUUAGAGGAGGUCUGAUUUGGACUGCCGGUCAGAAGCCAGGAUGCAGGUGUCAUUGGUGUGCACGGAUCAUCGUGGGGGGGUGAGCCGCAACACGGAGGACCGGCUGAAUCGUCAGAAUGCCAACAGCCCCAGCACAGGCACCCGCAGCAAGUUCAGAGCGGUGGCCAUGGUGGCUCGCAGUCUCGGGCAACUUUCCGUUCAGAGCGUGCCUUCGUCCAGCGAGCAAAGUAUGAAGACUGGCAUGAAAUAUAGAAACCUCGGGAAGUCAGGCCUGCGAGUUUCCUGCCUUGGAUUAGGAACAUGGGUGACGUUUGGGGGACAGAUAACAGACGAGAUGGCAGAGCAGCUGAUGACUAUGGCCUAUGAAAAUGGCAUCAAUCUGUUUGACACGGCGGAGGUCUAUGCUGCUGGGAAGGCAGAGGUGGUGCUCGGAAACAUCAUAAAGAAGAAAGGAUGGAGGCGUUCAAGCCUGGUGAUAACAACCAAGAUCUUCUGGGGCGGAAAAGCAGAAACUGAAAGAGGUUUAUCCCGGAAACACAUUAUAGAAGGUUUAAAGGCUUCUCUAGAACGACUGCAGUUAGACUAUGUGGACGUGGUCUUUGCCAACCGACCCGACCCAAACACUCCAAUGGAAGAAACGGUUCGAGCGAUGACCCAUGUGAUAAAUCAAGGCAUGGCCAUGUACUGGGGGACAUCCCGCUGGAGCCCGAUGGAGAUAAUGGAAGCGUACUCGGUUGCGCGGCAGUUCAACCAGAUUCCUCCCAUCUGUGAGCAGGCAGAGUAUCACAUGUUCCAGAGGGAGAAGGUGGAGGUGCAGCUGCCAGAGCUCUUCCAUAAGAUCGGUGUGGGGGCCAUGACGUGGUCCCCGCUGGCCUGUGGGAUCAUCUCAGGGAAAUACGACGGGAGGGUGCCUCCAUACUCUCGAGCAUCUCUAAAGGGCUACCAGUGGUUGAAGGACAAGAUCUUGAGCGAGGAGGGCCGGCGUCAGCAGGCGAAGUUGAAAGAGCUGCAGGCGAUCGCGGAGCGGCUGGGCUGCACUCUGCCCCAACUCGCCAUCGCGUGGUGCCUACGGAAUGAGGGGGUGAGCUCGGUCCUAUUAGGGGCAUCCAACACGGACCAGCUGAUGGAGAACAUAGGAGCGAUUCAGGUUCUACCGAAGUUGUCGUCAUCCAUCACACAUGAGGUGGACAGCAUCCUGGGGAACAAGCCGUACAGUAAAAAGGACUACCGCUCCUAACGGGAGGUGCGGCCCCGCCCGGCAGGGCUGCACCCAGCCUGCAGCUGCAGCGCCCCACCUUUGCCUGAUCCUCUGUUUGCUUGAGCUUUUACUGAGUGAGACCCUGGCGCAUGAGUCUGGCCUCACCGAGGCCACGCAGGGCACCUCAUUUAGAGUUGCGGAGAUAAGAAGAGGGAAUAAAUACAGGCACCUCCACAGGAACGGGACGGGUUGCGGAUGAGUAAGAGAGAUUAGAGAUAUGCGCUCACAAGUAAAUUAGUUACACAUUCUAUUCAGCCAAAAGUAUUUUAAAACCAUAGAGAAAAUGUAGGUAAAAGUAUCGUUUUAAGAAAAAAUAAUAAGCACAUGCUUGCUUGGCAGCCAGAUUUCUUUUAUUCAUUUUUUCCAAAAUCUUUUUCUAAAACUGAAUGCAACUUUAAAAAAAGAGGUACAUACUGUAUGAAUAUAUGAGAACUGCUGUUGCACAUGUACCAUAGCCAUGCGUUUGUUCUGAGACGUUCUGUUUACAAACAUGCGUGUACUGUAAAAGUCCGUCGAGGUUUCUCUGAAAGGAAAGUUAUUGGCCCUUUUGGAGGGCUUCAACAAUCAGCACUUUAGUACAGUCAGUACAGGUGUUAGAGGGUGGUUCUAGGGAAGGGAGAGGAUGGGUAUGGACGUCGUCGUCUCACAACCAUUGCACUAUAGAGUCUCGUAGAUUCCUCUCCUUGUCCUCCCUGUGUUUUCACUGGCAGUACACUUUGUCCAGCCUAGACGCUCCUGAUCUGUGUCCUGACCCGUUGGCGUUCUGCCGCGACGUUAGAAACUCGGGCUGCGCUCGUCUGUUUCACUGUGUUCCCCCGCUCGUUGCACAGGGAGCGGUCACAUCUUACCCAAACCUCUCCUUGAUCAAGUUUUGUUCAAGUAUUUGCCUUAUUUAGCAGUUGGAUCAAACUGUGCUCUUGGCUUUGGCGUGGGCGGGCAGCUCGGCGGCUGGCCGCUCAUCACCCCCUCCCCCCCUAGAAACGCUGGCUGGUGGAAACUGGUGCAUGUUGCUGGGAGCGUCCGGUCUUCUUUGAUGAGCGGCAGCAGCUCAGGGAAUGGAGAAGGUGGUUUAGGGGAGGUUGUCUUUAUGUCUGCGGAUGCUGGAAAGGGCCAGUGACUUUUUAAGCGUGGCUCGAGCCAAAGAUUCUUCAUCUAUUUUUAGCCGACACACUCCAGUGUUUUUCUCACCCUCUGCAAGAAUAUAGGAGUCAUCUUGAAGCAUGUGCUGUCCAGCUUAUCUAUUUAUGGUAUGGACCUUCCUCCUUAUGUAUAUCGUUACCCGACCAAACGAGUAUGCCCUUCAUAUAACCAGAAUGCGUAGUUCGGCUAAGUGCUUUAGGACUGGUAAGGUUUGUUUAAAGCAGCAGAUGAUCUGACAUGCAUCAGUAUUAUCUCAGACAUCACGACGCCGCCCCACAUUUUAGUUUUCAUCCUUUGGGGGCUCUCUUACCGUGAUUAAAGCACAAAUGGACGUAAGCAUGUGAUGACACCCUCAGCAUGGGCCUUCUUCGCCUAUCUACAGGAUGAGUAAGGAGAUGCUUCUCAGCUUCCUAACACGUGUAGAUUAAACUUUAAAGCUGAUAAAUUGUUGAUUCUUAGCAGAAAUUUAAAAAAAAAGUGUGCAGAUAAAACCAGUAGAGAUGUAGGAGCUUCUCAGCUAACGUUUAAGGGAUAAUCAAAGUGACUGUGUUGGAUUUGUGUGAGUGAGAUUUGCAGUUGAACAGCAAAGCCAUAAGAGGUCUAAGCUGUUGGUUCUCAUGUGUGUUUGUGUUUCUGGACUGGGAACGACUCAACUGGUCCCACUGUUUAAGCCUUCUGUAACAACUGGUCUCUGUUGAAGUCUACUUUGAUGUGUCUUGUUUGCUAGAGUAAAAAAAAUGCCGUUUUCUCAGCGUCCAAAAAGAAAAACUUAGUUUGUCCGUGGAGUUCCUGUGUCUUGAUAUUUACGUCUGCAGGGAGUGGAAUAGAAGUCUGAGACUAAAAAGGAAAUUUGUGACAUUUUGAAAGAAGGGCUUAUUUUUUCUUGCUGCAAAAUGAGACCGAUACCACUCUUCUAUCUCUGCUAAAUAUGACCAUCAGCUUAUCCCAGCACAAAGAGCAGCCCAGGGGGAAAACUGCUUUAUCUCCAUCCUGCAGUAACAAAAUCCACCUGCAAGCUCCCUAAUUAGCAUAUCGGUGCCCGUUUGUUCCAUCCAUACACAGAAAAGUACUACAAAUCGUAAUUUGAUGAGGCUGUUAUUUACUUGGCCUCGUGACAACCUAGAGACGACUAAUGAAAUUCAAGAAGUAAUCCCUUUUAAACCGUGCUUCUCAAAAACAAAACGGUUAUAUAAGAAUAAAUACAUUUUCGUGUCAGGAUCUUCUUAUAAAUGAAUUAUGUGCUUUUAUUUUGAUAAAGCCCAACUGCAGUCCCUCACUAUCCACAGGCUAUAUAAAGAGUGCUGGAACCUCAAGUAGGAGGAGAGAGAGGACGUUAAAAUGCUCCAAAUAGAUCGGUCAUUUUAGUGAUCUUAACCCGUUAGUACAAUACUGAUUAUCUACAACUGGAAGGAGUUCUUUGAGCCUCUGGAUAAUGAUGUUUGACCCAGGAGCUCUGAUAAAUAGCUUGGGCUAGUAUGAGCAGUAGCUCAUGCUAGCGUUAGCCGUUGCUUAGGUGUUUCUCAAUGUCAAGGCGCCUGGCUUAAGAGGACAUUGUCCUUCCUUGGUCAGAGAAAAUGGUUAAACAGACUUACCUCACAUGACCGUGGCAGUCAUGUGACACGUGAGGUAAAGGUAUAAGUUUCAGUAUAAAUGUAUAAGGAGCCUUUUACUUUCUUAAUUGUGUAUAGAAUGGUUAAAAUAAAUAUGUACGCAACUUUGUACCCACUAGCCACCGAAGCUGCAGCUACUAACCAAACAUGGAUAACUGCUGUGGUCUAAAAAUACAUUUUAGAUAUAAGCCCAAUAGCUAUAAUUAGUUGACUUACAUUUAAACUGGAACUUUUUCCCCAAAGUAGCUGCCAGCUCCUGAUCCACUAAUCUUUUGCAGCGAGACACGUGCCAUAUAUCCUUGGUCAGUUAGCUAAACGGCGAACAAACGGAGGACAGACGCCUCCGACGUUCCUGAUGAUGCAUCUCCUAAGACAUCAAGGCGAAGUUCCUUGACAUUGAGAAACACCCGUAGUGUUGACAGUGGCUCAUGCUAGUGUGGCAAGGUGGAGAAACGAGGGCCCGGGCGGGAUUCGAUCCCCAGACUUCCGGGUGAGAGUCACGCACGCCUACCAGUCAGCCAAAGGGACAUCCCUUUGGCCAAGAAGCCAGGGCGCAUAAUCAAUCGGGACACUGUGACAGGACGCUCACACUGCCACACUAGCAUUAACUGUAACCUGGGCUAGCAUUGUUCUGCAGCUUGCAUAACCACAACCUCGUCGUUUAGAUGCUGAUGCUGGUGGGCUGGAACUCUCUCUGUGACUAUUAACACAUUAUAUUUUACAGAGGAAAGCAGGUGAGAGGAGGCAGACUUUUUGAUUUGAAUAACAAAAUAAAUGUGGUUUUACAUUCUACUUGAGCUAUUUUGCAGAAUAUGUGAACCCGACUACAAGCCACAUUUUUAUCUCUCUAAAUUAACUGAUGCACAUGCAAUGAAGCCUAAAAAUAAUUUAGUUAUGAUUUAAGAAAAGGAACAAAGCUUUUAACUUUGUUUCUGGUUAGACUUGAACCCUGGGACUUCUGAUCCAACAUAUUCAGCUGGUGAAUGGGAGAGUGGUGUUCGUUUUCCUAAUCCAGUCAGAAAUUUCAGUAAGCCAGUUUCACAAAUAGUCUCUUUUCCUUCUAACAAUAACGCUGUGCAUUUCAUGAGCCUUUUGGUUGUUUGAGUGUUCUGACCUGCUUCCUAAAAAAGUUGAUGCAAAUUUAAGAAAACACUGUGUGUGUGUGUGUGUGUGUGUGUGUGUGUGUGUGUGUGUGUGUGUGUGUGUGUGUGUGUGUGUGUGUGUGUGUGUGUGUGUGUGUGUGUGUGUGUGUGUGUGUGUGUGUGUGUGUGUGUGUGUGUGUGUGUGUUUAGCUCUGUGGGGGAAA